GCUUUCAUGACCAUACAGCAAAAAUCAAAAUAUCUCCAUGGCCUUUUAUAGCGACUGGAACUUUCGCCACGAUAAGUGUAACACUAACCCCCGCUGUUGAUGUCCUUGACGCGUACACGAAAUACAUAAUAAAGUCAGAAUCGGACGGAAAGGUUAUCUUCAAGGGGAGGGAAAAUUUUUGCAAAAAUGCAGAUUUCCAAGAAUUAUGCAGCUUACCUGCAGACGAGACUCACGUGUUCACUCACUCAGGUAAAUUGGCAGCAAUUCCAUCAUUUUUCAAGAUGCUGACCGUUAAUGGAAGACUGCAACUUUUUAACCAGGAUGAUGUUAUGUUUCUUUGUCUCGAUGCCGUGGCUAAGGGACACUAGACUGAGUCGAACAAGGGAUAACGACCAAGUCAAAGAUGAGGAGAAACGCGAAGGCAUAGUGGAGGAGAGCCUUUUUUUCUGUUAUGGCAUGAGCUUGGGGACAAAAUCGAUCAUUACAUUUCUUAUCGUGUGUUUUUUGCCUUCUUAUCUCAACGUUAUUUUGUUUCUUUGCUACAUUAGCGAACACUGAACUACUGCUCCUACUCUAAAUAUGACAAUCAACCACAAAAUUCCCUAAACCCUUACCCUAAGCAACAUUAAAUAUAAUCCAAAAUUCAUGUAAGUCAUCUGUCAGUUCACGAGUUCGUUCACAGAGCACUUCGAUUGUCCCUUAGUGUGGACUUAUUUCAUCAUAGAGCAUUAUAUUGCCCAGUGAUCGCCAAUCAAGGAGUUACGCUGAGGACGUCUCAAGUCCAACCAUAUACCUCUGCUUGAUCUUUCGGACUUUGAAGGGAGCACCGUGUGUAAUAUGCUUUUUAAGAGUCUAAAAGCUUAAGUCCGCUUCUUUCGCACUCUUGGAAUAUCUAUUCUAUAUUUCUAU